CCAAAGGCCAAAGGUCCAGAGCGCUCGACCUAGGCGAGUGGGUGACUGCUUCAACCACGAGCGCAGCGCGGCGGCGACGCCAUCUCCCACGGAUGUAGCUUCGUCUCCUUCCCGUUCGCUGUCGUCGACGCCAUCAUCCACGGGCACAGCGCGACGCCGCUCCAUACCGAGUCUGUGGGCCUGACACCAGGGGAGUCGCCCUCCAGCCCUCGCCCGGCUGCCCCUGCCUAUGCCCCUCGGCUCCGACCACCGAGUUUUGGCCAAGUCGCCAAUCGCUCAGCCAUUCAGCCAUGUAAGCAUGCGAGAGAUUAAGCUUCCUUUCAUCACCUGCUUCUUUAAUUUAUGGCAUCUCGAGUAGUCUGGUAAAUUGGCAUUUAUGCCUAAUCUGCUUGCGUCGGACGCCUGAUACCUCUGUUGUAUGAUUUACCCAAACUUCUAUGUUGUCUGCUUUAAUUAGUGCUUUCAAUUCUAGCGUUCUUUUCUCGAUCUGUAGUUCUGUUCUUUUUUGGACGAGCUCGAAUCUUGCAUUAUAUAUAGGAGUAAGUAUGGAAUAAAGCUAGGUGCCACACAUUUUGUUUGUUGCUUAUAAGAAAUGCUUAAUCAUGUUUCUAAGUGCAUCUGUUUAGCCUCUCAUUGGGUAUAUGCAUUUCUUUAUUUUACUUACUAGAGCAUUAAGAUUUCUGCGUAGCUUUUAUGCAGUCUAGCAUCUAACUAGUUCAUCUAUGUAAUCAAUAUGUAGUUAUUAUACAAUUUGGCAAGUUCUGAUAGAUGGCUUAUAGUUAUAUAUUGCAUACGAUGUUGCUUAUGGCAUGCAUUUUAAUACCUAUAUUGUAUCAAUAGCGGUGAAUGAGUAUUUUGAAUGCCCCUCCGCUUCCUAGCCUUUUUGUAUGUUUAUCCUUGUUAAUUGAAUUGUUAACUUUGUUUAGUUUUCUUUUAAACAUAGAUGGAUUUAGGGGUAUGUGAGGGUUCAAGUACUAAUAUCACCUCGGAUUACCAUUCGGUGCAAAUGUCAACCAGAACGACAAAGGUUUGGGAGUAUUUUCAACAGGAGUUAGUUGAGGUUGAUGGAGUGAUGAAGGCUAUUUGCAAAUACUGUGGGACGAAGCUGACAAGGAAAAGGAAUUCAUGCACAAAUAGCCUUAGAAACCAUGUUGCGGAUACAUGUCCUAAAAUUCUAGUUGAGGACCGCAAGCGAUUCAUUGCUACAAUGAGAAAAAAGCCAGGAGAAGGUUCAUUUGUGUUUGACCCUCGAAAGACUCAUGAGUGCAUGGUUAAGUGGUGCAUCAGUGCCGAGGUCGCAUUCAACAAGUUUGAUGAUCCGUUCUUUGCCCCGUGGAUGGAGUCAUUGCAACCAUCGUUUAGCGGUGUUGGGCCUUAGACAAUGAGAAAUGAUUGUAUUACCAUAUUCAAGAUGAUGUGGCAAGAGCUAAGGAAUGAGCUACAGAGUCUUAACUCUCAGAUUUGCUUGACAUCUGAUCUUUAGACCUCAAAUCAGAAGUUGGGUUAUCUUUGCUUGACAACCCACUACAUUGAUGCAAACUUUAUCUUGAAAAAAGAAGACUAUUGCAUUCAAAGUUGUAAAAUAUCACCCUCUCGCAUACAAGCUUUUAAUGAGAUUGCUGAGAGGUCUGGAUUUCCUUCAAAGGCUGGAUUAAUUCUUGAUGUUCCAAAUUGUUGCAAUUCGACACACAACAUGAUU